AUGGCUUCUUUGGGGAGAGCUGGGCCUCUUUCUUGCUUCCUCGAGCCGUCGAACGACAAGUGUUCCUGCGUUCACAGAAGCCACGGGCAGCUGCGAUCCGCCGGCUUCCAUACGAUCACCCGUUGCAGGUCCAAUACUCUUCAUCUGAACCUUCACAUUGGUACAUUACCGUCUCUGAGAGUGGGCGGCACCGGACAAGGCCAGUUGGGUUUUACACGGAGCGGGCGGGGGAUAGAUGUGCGUCGGUCGGCGCUCGGCGGGAAAGGUUCUGCUGAGGGAGAGGAUUCUGGCGAUGGCGGUGUGAGCGAUGUAGAUUUUGGCGGUGACGAGGUGCUUAAGGCGACCAUUGAGAAGAGCAAGAAGGCUCUUGCCGCGCAGAAGAGCCUGCUUGAACAGGUUGCUUGCCGUCCUUUCCUCUUGCCCUGUUUUUUUGAAGGAUUUUUGUGGCCCUUUUGGAUAUUCAUUCCAGAAUAAGCUUAAUUCCUUAGGCUGCUGCCUCCAGCAGAGAAACUGUCAUAUGAGGAAUUGCCUUCUUGUCCCCUUAAUACCAGUUCCUGAACGAUUUCUAAUAGGAGAGCCAUUUCUCCUUGAAAAUUUGAGUCUACCAGGGAGAUCGGUGGCCACAUAAACUAUUAUUAACUGCGUUACUAGCACAUCACAUCCUGCUGUUGGAGGAAAUGAAUUAGUCAUUCGGGCACAUUUGAAACUAUAAUAUUCGAUUUCUCAUGCCUGAUUAUCCUGUGAUCUAUUCAACUAACUCAGUAGGAAUGAUAUUUGAAUUUGGGCCCAUUUCUUCUUCUUCAUCUAUCAAUCCAGGGUAAGCUUAGAAGUUUUAUGAUUGUUGUAACGGUAUGAUCAAGAAGCAUGGAAUUUAUAAUUAUAUUUGCGUUCUGGCAGCUGUAGAAAGGUUCCCGUACCAUCCAAAGCAUCUUCAUGUCGGCAAUAAGAUUAUAGAAGGUUGUAGAGAUUCUCUUUUGACUUAGGUUUAUUAAACAUUCUUUUGAGCUUGUUAGUCCUUCCCAAGGUUUGAUACUACGUUUGUAUGAUGCUUCAUAAUUAAUUUUUACUCUCUCAAAAAGAAUUCCAAGCCUGACAUGGCAACAAUACGUUCGAGCUUUCCUAUUUAAUUUCAAGAACUUUUUUCUAGUGUUUAUCAUCACUUUCCCAACCUUUUAAUACCAUAUACUGGUACCUUUCAAUUGGAUAGUUGAUGAAUCCAUUAAGGUAACCUCAGGUUGAUGGAGAAGGACAUGUACCUUCUGACUGAAAUAUAUAUAAAUAUUUAUAUUUAAUGGAAUCUUUAGAAUACUACCUAUAAUUAUGCUUUUGGACAAAUAAUCUUUUAAGGAAUGAUAAUCCGAAAUGGAAAUGACCAGCAAGAUCACUGCCUUAAUCCUGAUUUUGGCAUCAUGUUGUGAUGAGAUUAGAGAGUGUAAUAGCAGACUUGCAUUCCCAAUUUCUGUAAUUUUACACUAACCGAGGAUUCUAGAUCUGCUGGUAUGUGCACGUGCUUGGGUGCGGCUCUGUUUCUAUAGGGGACACAUUUGUUGUGCUGUAUAAUGGAUUUGUUAUAAUUGAGGGUCGAUAUUUAUAUGGUUCCUUAUAAAACUUAUCUGAGCAUACUAUUAACUUCCCGUAUGAAUCAAGUCUCUAUAUUUAUGUGUGCUAUAAUUCUGUGUCGACUAAGGAUUCUAGAUCAGGUGAUAUGUGCAUGUUCUUCUAUGCAGCUGUGUUUCGAUUCCCCUUUUAUGAUUCACUAGAAAAGUUAUCAAAACGUGCCAUUAACGUUUUAUUUUUAUUGAGUCUCAAGGUGAUACAUGGUUAUUUGCGUAUUUAUCCAUAAGAUAAUUGUUCUGAAUGAAUGGAUGCCCUUACAAGGUGUUGGUCGUCAGCAUCCUUAGCUUCUAAAGUAGUGUACAUUUCACUCAGCGAAUUUGAACUGCAAUUUUCAUGAUAUGAAUAGAUUUCUCCUUUCUCUCAAAGUUUCAAUGAUGAGAAAAAUAUGUAUUAUGAUCAUAAAAGCUAAUUUACCUUUACCUUGGACCAUAGAAACGUAAAAUACCCUAGAAUUCUUCAAUUUCAUUUAGAUCGCCCAGCCAAUUGAUUUCAUCUACCUAACUUGAAAAACGGAUAAAAGUAUUUAUCGAGAACUUGUUUGGAACAGAUGUUUCAUCAUCUUUUCAUUGAGACACUCAGGACUGCUGAUUUAUUUUAUCCAGAAUUUAAUUAAAAUUUUUAUACUUGUCUAGCUAAGUGUUAAUUAAAUCUGAUACUUAGCUACUUAUAAGAAAGUCUGAUUUAUUGAUUUUGAUGUUCUACUGAAUCUUUUUAAUUUGUCUGAGUUAUAAAAUGACCUUUGUUUUCUCCAGAUUGUCGAGAAGAGAAAAGUUGUCUCUUCAACAAAAGAAGGCACUAGCAACACAGGAAGAAGUACUGUGGCCUAUAGUGAAAGUGAUGGCUCUUCCCAAGAUUCAUAUUCAUCUUCAACUAGUGGGAGACCCAAUAAGAGUGAUAUAAAUCUUUCUUACUCGAAUCAGAAUGGCCAAGUAGAAAUCUCGGUUGGUGAAGAAACCUCGAUUGCAGAAUCUCUUGGGCUGAUCAGAGAAGCCAGUUUGGAGGUUUCUAAAUCUGAGGCAACGCCAUCUUCAAAUACGACCGUUUUGAAUUCUUCUACUAUAGAUGAUCAACUCGAGGAGUCCCAAGAAAAAAACAAAGCCAGUGAGGAUGAUGAAGUGGAUGUGGCUCCUGAGGAAGAAAAUCUGAAGCCCCCCCCCUUGGCUGGGGAAAAUGUUAUGAACAUCAUCUUGGUAGCUGCAGAAUGUGCUCCUUGGUCCAAAACUGGUAAUCACUUUCUUAUCAAAACUGCAGAAUGUUUUUAGUCGAUGUCUGAUUUCUUAUCGUUUUGCAGAUCCAUGGUCAUUUUUUUUCUGAAUCUAUCCCUUAUCUAUGGUGACAUUGACUCCUUCCAGGUGGGCUUGGAGAUGUUGCGGGGGCCUUACCAAAGGCUUUGGCGAGGCGUGGCCACAGAGUUAUGGUACCCACAUCUUUCCUUUUAUUUGUUUCAUAUGGCUAAGCGGUUAUAAUUUUUAUGGUCUGUCUAGAUACUGUCUAUGAUUUUAUCAAGUUUAUGAAGAUUUGGUCAAUUUCAAGUUGGAAUUUAUCUGAGCUACUUUAGGUAACCGAAAGGUCACAUUAACCCUUUUUUUUUUCCUUGUCUUCUUCUUCCUUUGAAAGGUUGUGGUACCCCGGUAUGGAAACUACUCUGAACCUCAAGAUAUAGGUGUUCGUAAGUAUUAUAAGGUGGACGGCCAGGUAAAGUGUCACAUUGAGUAGUGCACUUUCAAUGUCGUACUAUCUAUUUAACCCACCCCUUAUUUCAUUCAUUAAAUAGGACAUGGAGGUAACGUUUCAUCACGCCUUCAUUGAUGGCGUGGAUUUCGUUUUCAUGGAUAGUCCGGUUUUUCGCCACCGUGAGAAUGCCAUAUAUGAGGGGAACCGUGUGGUAAGCUUCUCCUUUAAUGUCUCAUUGAACUCGCUUCUUUUGCCCCUCCCUUCCCCCCCCCCUCCCUUUUUCUUUCUUUUUUUUUCUUUCCCACUUGUCAAUUCCUCUUGUAUUUUUGCUUUGGGUGCAGGACAUAUUGAAACGAAUGGUUCUCUUGAGCAAGGCAGCUGUCGAGGUGCUUAAUCCUUUUUGUUUUUUUUUUCUAUUUUUCCCCUGCUUUGUCCUCCAUCAAAAGGGUGUGCUUUAGUAGACAAUGAAAGAGUUCAACGAUCACAGCACAGGAUGUGCUAUUGAGUCUCUCUAUCAUGUUUAAAGCUCAAUUAGCUAUAUAUAUCAUAUUGUCUGAAGCCGUAGACGUUCCACAGUUCUAUGCUCUCAAUCGUACAUCCAUCCCAGUUUAGACAGCAAGGCCUUUUCAUUCUUUUUAAAAUAUCUGUCUUUGACAGAUCUUUAGGGCCAUAUUCAUCAUACCAUGGUUCACAAAGGUGGUGCCACAUUUUACUGCAAGUUGGGAUUUAUUGCAAUUUAGUGGGAUUUAUCUGCGCAGGUUCCUUGGCACGUUCCAUGUGGCGGAGUCUGCUAUGGUGAUGGAAAUCUGGUCUUCAUUGCUAAUGACUGGCAUACUGCGUUGCUGCCUGUUUAUCUGAAGGCUUACUAUCGUGACAAUGGUAUGAUGAAAUACACCCGGUCCGUUCUCGUCGUACACAACAUCGCUCAUCAGGUCCGUUUUUAAAAGCUUUUUCGUUUGUUUAUUUUGUUGGAGCGAACAAAGCAUCUCUCUCUCUCUCUCUCUCUCUCUCUCUACCCGUGUUAUGAUAAACCCAUGGAUAUGGGGGGGAUUACUGAUAAGCCCUCAUAUAUCGGAGAACACUGAACCCUCGAAUGACUGAUGGGCGCGGUGAAGAUUCGUUAAUGGUGGUUCCCCCAUCAGCUAGAACUGUAGAUAGCUCACUGUUGAUCUCUGGAACUGAUGCAUCUUCUGAUGUGCGGCCGAUCUGAAAAAAUGCAGGGGCGCGGCCCGCUGGAGGACUUCGGUGUUGUAGAUCUCCCCGGCCAUUACAUAGAUCUUUUCAAGCUGUACGACCCAGUGGGAGGCGAGCACUUCAACAUCUUCGCGGCCGGCUUGAAGGCGGCGGAUCAGGUGGUCACCGUGAGCCACGGGUACGCGUGGGAGCUGAAGACCUCGGAGGGCGGCUGGGGCCUCCACGAGAUCAUCGGCGAGAACGACUGGAAGUUCCGGGGCAUCGUGAACGGGAUCGACACCGAGGACUGGCACCCGGCGGUGGACGUGCACCUCCAGUCCGACGGCUACACCAACUACACAGUGGAGACGGUCCAGGAGGGGAAGGCGCAGUGCAAGGCGGGGCUGCAGCGGGAGCUGGGGCUGCCCGUCCGGCCGGAGGUGCCCCUCGUUGGUUUCAUCGGGCGGCUGGACCACCAGAAGGGAGUGGACAUCAUCGCGGAGGCCAUCCCCUGGAUGGCCAGCCAGGACAUGCAGCUGGUGAUGCUGGGCACGGGGAGGUCGGACCUGGAAGACAUGGUGCGGGGGUUCCAGGGCCAGUACGGCGACAAGGUCCGGAGUUGGGUCGGGUUCUCAGUGAAGAUGGCGCAUCGGAUCACGGCCGGCGCCGACAUCCUGCUGAUGCCGUCGAGGUUUGAGCCGUGUGGGCUGAACCAGCUCUAUGCCAUGGUGUACGGGACUGUGCCAGUGGUGCACGCGGUCGGCGGGCUGAGGGACACGGUGCUGCCUUUCAACCCCUUCGAGGAGACCGGGCUCGGGUGGACCUUCGACCGAGCGGAACCUGGGAAGCUGAUACACGCCUUGGGCAACUGCUUCAACACUUUCUGGAACUACAAGAAGAGCUGGGAGGGGCUGCAGAGGCGCGGGAUGACGCAGGACCUCAGCUGGGAUCAUGCCGCCCAACUCUACGAGCAAGUCCUUGUCGCUGCCAAGUUCCAGUGGUGA